GAAUUCGAAUGGGGGCGGGCACCCAUGUCAGGGCCGUGGAAGAGGAGGAACCUCGUAUCAGUGACAGACAGUGUGGCUAAGUUGCUGGAAACAGAUUUGAAGACAUGUGUGGAAUCUUUGCCUACCUGAACUACCAUGUGCCCCGUACGCGGCGGGAGAUUCUGGAGAUCCUUCUGAAGGGACUGAGGAGGCUAGAAUACCGCGGUUACGACUCAGCAGGUGUGGGCAUUGACGGUGGGAACAGCAAGGACUGGGAGAGCAACGCCAGGAGCAUCCAGCUCAUCAAACAGAGAGGCAAGGUCAAGGCCCUCGACGAGGAGAUCCACAAGCAGCAGGACAUUGACUUGGACGUGGAGUUUGACGUCCACCUGGGAAUUGCACACACUCGCUGGGCCACGCACGGAGAGCCCAGCCCCGUCAACAGCCACCCACACAGAUCCGACAAGAAGAACGAAUUCAUUGUCAUUCACAAUGGAAUCAUCACCAACUACAAAGACCUGCGGCAGUUCCUGGAGAGCAAAGGGUAUGAGUUUGAGUCGGAGACUGACACGGAGACCAUCGCUAAGCUGGUCAAGUACAUGUACGACAACCGUGAGAGCGACGACAUCACCUUCGCCACACUAGUGGAGCGUGUCACUCAGCAGCUGGAGGGCGCAUUUGCCCUAGUCUUCAAGAGUGUACACUACCCCGCAGAGGCAGUGGGCACAAGGAGGGGAGGACCUCUACUGAUCGGAGUCCGCAGUGACCACAAGCUCUCCACUGACCACAUUCCCAUUCUCUACCGCUCCGCCAGCAAGGACAAGAAGGGCUGUGCAUCCCUUCCCCGUCUGGACCAGGACACCUGCCUCUUCCCCGUGGAGGAGAAGGCUGUGGAGUACUACUUUGCCUCCGACGCCAGUGCGGUGAUCGAGCACACCAAUCGUGUGAUAUUCCUGGAGGAUGACGAUGUGGCGGCCGUGUCUAAUGGACGGCUGUCAAUCCACCGCAUCAAGCGCACGGCCGGAGACCACCCAGCACGCGCCAUCCAGACACUGCAGAUGGAGCUGCAGCAGAUAAUGAAGGGUAACUACAGCUCCUUCAUGCAGAAGGAGAUCUUUGAGCAGCCAGAGUCUGUGGUCAACACCAUGAGAGGAAGAGUGAACUUUGACGACAACACAGUAACCCUGGGUGGACUGAAGGACCACAUCAAAGAGAUUCAGAGGUGCAGGCGCCUCAUCCUGAUCGCCUGUGGCACCAGCUACCACGCUGGAGUGGCUACUCGUCAGGUGCUGGAGGAGUUGACUGAGCUUCCCGUCAUGGUGGAGCUGGCCAGUGACUUCAUGGACAGAAACACGCCUGUCUUCAGGGACGACGUCUGCUUCUUCAUCAGCCAAUCAGGUGAGACGGCCGACAGCCUGAUGGCGCUCCGCUACUGUAAGGAGCGCGGUGCUCUGACUGUGGGCAUCACCAACACCGUGGGCAGCUCCAUCUCCCGGGAGACUGACUGCGGCGUACACAUCAACGCCGGUCCCGAGAUCGGAGUGGCCAGCACCAAGGCUUACACCAGUCAGUUCGUGGCCCUGAUCAUGUUUGCCCUCCUGAUGUGUGCUGACCGCAUCUCCAUGCAGCCGCGCAUGAAAGAAAUCAUCCAGGGCCUCAAAAUACUGCCAGACCUGAUUAAGGAAGUACUGAGUCUGGAUGACGAGAUCCAUCGGUUGGCCACAGAGCUGUACCAGCAGAAGAGUGUGCUGAUCAUGGGCAGAGGAUUUCACUACGCAACCUGCCUGGAGGGAGCUCUGAAAAUCAAGGAGAUCACGUACAUGCACUCGGAGGGCAUCUUGGCUGGGGAGCUGAAGCACGGGCCCCUGGCGCUGGUGGACAAGCUGAUGCCCGUCAUCAUGAUCAUCAUGAGAGAUCACACAUACACCAAAUGCCAGAACGCACUGCAGCAGGUGGUCGCCAGACAGGGUCGUCCCAUAGUGAUCUGCGAUAAGGACGACUAUGAGACCAUUAAGAACUCCAGUCGUACCAUCAAGGUGCCCCACUGUGUGGAUUGCCUGCAGGGCAUCCUCAGUGUCAUCCCCCUACAGCUGCUCUCUUUCCACCUCGCUGUUCUCAGGGGAUUCGACGUGGACUGCCCAAGAAACCUGGCCAAAUCUGUAACUGUGGAGUGACCCCUCUCGUACACAGCCUGUCUCAUGAGCAUAACCGCUCAACACACACACACACACACACACACACACACACACACACACACACACACACACACACACACACACACACACACACACACACACACGCCUGUGCAGGGAUCCCUCCAGUCACCCAGCUGACAUCAACUGUGAUGAAGAAAUCCUUCAAAUCUUCAACACAAACAUUUUUUUUAUGUCUGAUACAGUACAGUCUUUUUAAAUGUAAUUCUUACUUUCAUAGAAGGGGUAUAUACUCACCACCCCUAUCACCAAUCACUGUACGUUGGAAUUAGUUCUUACAAUCAGACUUCAUUGUUAAAUUUAUAAUCAUUAGGAUGAUUUGUGUUUUUGUUGUUUUCUUUUGUUUGUUUACUUGUUUUUGUUUUUGAAUGUCAGAGAUGGCAGGGUAUGGGUAAAGGCAUGGUUGGCCUUCAGCUGCUACGGGACAUCUGGAUAUCUUUACUUUUAUUAUUAGUCGACUAAAAACACUUUGAUCAGGUAGUUCUAGACGUACAGUUGUCUUUGGAGAAUUCACCAAACUCUCUCCUGACUAAAGAUUUUCUGAGUUCUCUGCAACUUUGGAGUGCCUUAGUCAGAUCAUUUAUUCUCAUUUUUGAACCUGGAAGUACUUUACCUUGGACUUAAGCACCCAAACCCAAGAAGCCAGCCAUCAAUCUGGAUAAGAGCAUGCUAUACUCUACAAACGUAAAGUUCUCUGCAACUCUUUUUGUUGCCUUCAACAUUUGAUGGUUCUCGGACUUUUGUGUUUCUGGAACAUUCGUCAACGUGUUUUGCUAGUGAGAUGCAGUCGAGAGUUCAGACACAGAACUCUGGUUGACUUGGUUUCGGGGUGUUGGUGUGUGGAUGUUACUAGGGGUUACAUGUUCACAAAUGAAUGGUCGUAAUUGUUGACUGAAGGACAGGGGGGGGAGGGUGUCUGCAUAUUAUGGUAUGUGGUCUGUUGCUAAGUGGAAGUGAUGCAAGUAGUGAGUGUUUGUGUAUGCGCACAGACCGAAGGGUGGUCUGCCUCUCAUGUGUCAUGGAACAGAGACAUUAAGUCACUAAGGUACUCUUGUCACCUUUUGUCCUUUUAGUAACUUGAGUUUAGUUUAGUUUUUUUUUUUUUAGAGUCUUCUGGCAGCUAGAAGCUCAGUUGCUGUCCACAUAGAUAUCGAUUGCCCGUGCUAACGUGUGUGUGUGUAUGUGGGUGCCUGUGCACGCGCGCUUAUGAAUGCAUUCCAGUGAUUGAUGGGGUUUUCACCACACUAGAAGGAUUUUUUUAGACAUAAAAAGUGUUUUUUUAUGUCUUUGAAUUUCAGCCUUUUAUCGAUCUACCUGAAGUAGAAGUAGUACAUGCUGUACUUCAUUGAGUGAGGAGCAGAGAUUAAGCUAUUCAUUCACCAUAUCAGUGUACUGAUUUGGGUAUUAUAAGUCAAGAUACAUCUCUGAGUCUUUUCUGCAGCGUGUGAUGAAUGUAAAGAGUGAAAGCCAAGAUGCAUCAUAAGUCUUUUCCUGCAGUGUCUAGUGUAUGUGAGUGUAAGUGCUUCAGACUGUGCGGCAUGUAGAUGGAUAUGUUAAGAGUGAGUAAGCGGUACUGUUCAGACUGUGCUGUGAGGAGGAGUGGUCUGUGGUCUAUAGGGUCAAAAGAAAGAAAAAAAAUCGGCACCAUAAAAGUAGGUCAUGGAACCGUGAGAGACUGUUGCCAUUUUCUUGAUGAGGGCCAGGCAACAAGUCAGGCAUUUCUGAUUAGUGGCUCGCUUAUAGUUACAGUAAAGCAGAGUUGUCACGUCACUGUCUACCAUUUGCAGUAAUGACGUCUCGUGUCUGCUUUUUUCCUUUUUCUGUUGUGUUUUCUUUCUUUUUUUGUUCGUGUCAGUACCAGAAGUAGAGAAGGACCAGCGUUGGACCUGGCUAGAGAGAGUAGUGGAAAUCCUGGCACACACACACACACACACACACACACACACACACACACACACACACACACACACACACACACACACACACACACACACACACACACACACACACACACACACACACACACACACACACACACACACACACACUUCACUAACCAGCUCAUCCACAUGAUUGAGAAUUGAAGCUGGUGUGGGCCAGUUUGUUUAAGUUGGGAACAAAUAAGUGGCAGGACUUUAAAGGGUAGAGUAUGCAGGAUUAUGGUCAGAGGUAGGCAUUGCAACUACCUGUAUGCAGCCUAUUCCCAAAUUUGAUGUUUUCAUGAAUAUUUUCUAAAUGAUGAACCAAUAUUUACGGGUCUGACCAAAGUACAGUACGUUUUGCAGCUUAACAUGACCUUAACUGGAAAUUCAAAAUGACUGACACAGGGAAGAGCCACUUUUUAUGUAGGAAAAGUGUAAUUUUUUCCUGUCAUACUGAAAUUGACUUUGAAAUUGUUGGUGGUACUCAUAAAAAAUGAAACAUUUGUGAAUUGGCAGCCCAUAUUGUGUGAAUAAAUGCUAAAAAAUCUACAUGCUCUAUCUUCAACUUGGGAACAAAUAUGUGGCAGGACUUAAACUUUGUUAGCCUGGGAUGUCUGACUUACCAGGGGAAGCUGGUACCCUUGAUCAUAUAUGCCUCCUUGUAUAAAUCAGGAUGCUUAACUUUAGUGAUUAGGGUCUGACAAAGAGGGUGUUGGAGGUUGUGGCCUGUUGCAUAGUAUAUUUAUGUUUGUCGGAUAGCUCUGCUAUUGUUUUUGCUUCAAGUCGUUAUUUAUUGCCGUCUUUCUCAGUGUGUGCAUUUGUCUGGUCAAUGCCUUGUUACUGGAACUACCCCUUGCCCUUGGGAGUGGAGGGGCCUGAAUGUUUACAGCUAAUCAGCCAACAGCAAAUGAAGAACCCACAUUAAUCAGAUGAAGUUUGUUACUGACUUUUUUUUGCUCGCUCGCUCACUCUCCCACCCACGCCAUGUUUGCCCAUACCAUGCCACCCGUUAACAUUUUGUUACAGUGGGACCAUUAUUUUUGUAUUUUUUUCUUCUUCUUCUUCUCUAUUUUCUAUUGCUUUUCAUUUUAGUACCAUUUUUUGUUUUUAAUAUUUUUUAAUUAUUUUCAAAAAAUAUUUUUUAAAAAUUUUAAUCGUUUUUGUGUGUGUAUGCUCUGAUUUUGACCCCAAUGUGAAUGUCAAGAAUGCUGAAGUCCCCUGUUAAUCACCUAGUGGCUGUACAGCAGGAAAAAAGAUGAGGAACAUGCCAAAAAAAUGAAGUAGCAAAGAAACCAAGAAACACUGAAUGAAUGAACCAACCAACCAUGUACAAUCCUGUAGUGGGCCACUCACUUGCUCAACCAAAGCUAUCUUUUUUGAGGUGGGGUUGGUCUGGAAAGGGGGGACUAAGAUUUUAAGAGAUGAGAGUGAAGUCUUUAUGAGGAGAUGAACUUAGGUGCAAUACAGUGUGCAGAACUGAUGAACUUGUGAUGGGUAGCAGUAAAAGCAGAAAAGUGUUGAAGAUAAUUGCAUAAUUUAUCCACGAUUUCCAUUAAAACCCAUUCCAUGUAGAUUUAUUCUUCAAAUAUAUUAUCUUGAUCUGUAAAAGACACACUUUGUCGGAGUUAUCUUAAAGAAAAAAAAAACAUUUUAUACAUGUUCUACAACAGACGUGCUGGUUCUGAUAGGUAUGAAUGUUACAUAUGACCGUGAAAUUUAAAGUCAAGUGUAAAAACUAAUGUAAAGAUGGGAUGAAACUGGUGCAUGUAACGGAAGGGAAGGGCUAUGAGAACAUAUAUAAUAGGCUACGUAAUCCACUCUAGAAUAUUCUUAGUGGACAUGUCUGUUGAAAUGCUGUAUGCGAGCUCUUCACAAGAACAGUGUGUGUUGUGUUUUUGGGUUGAGGACCCAUUUCUGAUCACAAGUGAUGCAAUAAAUACAUAAAUAAAAAGUUCUGCGCCAGA